UUCGCACUGUUACUUUUAUUUUGAAAGUCCCAUCGGUCUACAUCCUUCCUAGACGGUUCACGAGCAGACAAACAAAAAGCGCAGGAGAAGAAGUAGCGGGACCAAAAAUGGGGAUUAAACUAUACUACACCACUGUUACCGCCUCCCGGACGGUGAAGUCCCAGCAGGCCGAAGUGAUGCGCAUCCUAGACAGUAAGAGCAUCCAGUACGAGCUCAUCGACAUCUCCGUGGGCGGCGAGGUGCGGGACGAGAUGAGAAGCAAAGCAGGAAACCCUACAGCUGUUCCUCCGCAGCUUUUCAAUGAAAACCAGUAUUGUGGGGAUUAUAAGAUGUUCUCUGAGGCGGUGGAGGGAGAAACGGUGGACCAAUUCCUGAAGCUGGCGUGAAGGAAGACCGUCUCCUGUCUUAACAGACCCCGCCCCGUCCCAUCCCGUGAACCACACCGACACCACUUUCAUAAUGCCAUCAUGCAGAAUGCCAAAUAACCUGAGCACACGCCUACCUUGCCUCUCUCUUAACACUGCUUUCCCAUCUUUGUCCACUAGGGGCCAGCGUGAUGUCUUAAUGUGGGAAUUGGGUCACCGAGCUGGGUUUAUAUUAAUCCACUUCAUGUCACUAUCAUCGCUCAGUCUUAAUCAUUACUUCUUCUUGGAGCCUUCACCUUCCCAUAUUGCACUUACACAUCGCUUGUUAUUAUUCUCAUGGUAGCAGCAUCUUAUAUUACAACAUUAGUGUCUUUGUUUAGUGUUCCUGCUCUUUUAUUAUCAGGUGUUUCAGGGAAUUUGGCAUUUUACUGUGUAAAUGUUGACAAGGCAAUGAAAGCUUAAAAGAUCAUUCCCUCAGCAUCCUUGCGAACCACUUGAGAGACGGUCCAACAGAGCACAAUGUGUGAGGAAAGAGUCGUCAACAGCGUGGAAACAUUUCAGAAUGUCACAUUUGGUGCCAAUGUGUCGUUAAUUUAGUAAGUAGCACUUACCCGUCUGCUUUUUCUUUGUAUUGUGGACCGACAGGACCAAAAAGACACCAAACAACAAAGUGACAUGUAGCUUCCACUUCUGUCCAUAAUGGGACUUUAUGCACUGAAACAAUUAACAGUACCAAGUACAACAAUGUUGUGUUUUAAUGGAGCCGACUCUGGGAGUACUCACCACAUGGGAACUUCAUUCUUUCUUUUGUGUUUGUCUUUGUAUUUUCAUUGAUUAAGUUGAUUUACCUCAACAUGAUUUUUAUCUCUGCUGAUCAAUGACAGCCUGUAUUAUUCUUCACAAUGUUUGUGCACGGUUUUGUAUAUCUGUCUGUGGCUGUAUCUCUGCAGUACAUGAUAAUGUACCAUGAUCAAAAUCAUGUUUUUACACAUUCCAUAUCUCUGAGCUUUAGCUUUGUUUGGACCAAUUCCCCUUGGCCAAAAGAAGACGAAAAUAGGGAAUAAAAUGCUGUUGUCUUCCAGGAAGAUUGUGAUACGUGAUGUAUGGGUUGCAAAUUAAAAAUGAAGUAG